AUGGCUGAACAGAUAGCAGAUAAACCCAAGAGGUCUGCUCUGAACCAACUUACCAGGACCCUCCUGCGUAAAUACAACUGUGGAGUCAGACCUGUUCAGAACUGUACCAGUCCCACGCUCAUCCACAUAGACCUCAUAAUGCAGUCUGUGCUUGAUGUGCAAGUAACCACAAGCAUUUGGUACCGGCAGAUCUUGACUGAUGAGUUCUUGGUGUGGGAUCCCGAGGAGUUUGACGGGAUCACUGAGAUCUCUCUGCCCUCUGAAGCUAUAUGGGUGCCCGAUCUCAUCAUCAGCGAAUUUGUGGAUGUAGGGGAGUCCCCUGCCUUCCCCUAUGUGUAUGUCAACUCAUCGGGGAUGGUGAAAAACAACAAGCCUAUCCAGGUGGUGUCUGCGUGUGACUUGGAGUUGUAAGCCUUCCCCUUUGACAAGCAGAGUUGCACUCUGACCUUCCGCAGCUGGCUUCACUCAGUGAGUGAGGUGAACCUGACUCUGUGGAGGAGUGCCGAGGACAUCGCCAAUGAUCAGAAGUCUUUUAUGGACGAUGGCGAGUGGGAGCUGAUGUCUGUGCCCUCCCACUACUGGCAGCUCCGGCUGGAUGGCAGAGACUAUGCACACAUCCAGUUCAACGUGUUAAUCCGCCGGCGCCCCCUGCUGUACGUGGUGAGUCUGCUCAACCCCAGCAUCUUCCUCAUGGUGGUGGACGUCAUCAGCUUCUACUUGCCGCACAACAGUGGCACGCGUAUCAUCUUCAAGACCAGCAUCCUCCUGGGCUACACUGUCUUCAGGGUAAACCUGAUGGACGAGAUGCCUGCCACCACCACCAGAACACCACUCAUAGGUGUGUUCUUUCCGGUGUGCAUGGCGCUGCUGGUGCUGAAACUAGCCAUCUCCAUAUUUGUAGUGAAGCUCCUCUACCACAAUGAGAAGGAGGUCAAGGAGAUGUCAGUGUCUGCCUGUCUCCUCGAUAAGUAUGGCUCGUCCAGCCAGACCUUCCUCGAGAGCAACUUCACCUCUGUCAAAACACUAAAUGAUGUGGAUCAGUGUGGGGGCUUUGAGUUUGACCUGGCUCCAGAGGAACUGCUGUCUCUGAGCGAGCCCCAGGAGAGUACUCCUCGAGAGUAUUCUCCAGGAGGUGGUGGCCCUGUGGCUCUACCUGCAGGAGGGAGAGAGUGA